AUGAGUUGUUCUUCGUUCGAAUCGUUGUGCUCAACAAUUCUCUAUGAAAUUUUUGAUUAUCUAUCAACUUAUAAUAUUUUUCAUGCUUUUAUUAAUCUCAAUCAUCGUUUAAAACGUAGUAUUCAUUCAUAUCGAUUACAUAUUGAUUUCCGUAAAAUGUCUCGAUUAAAAUUUGAUUUGAUUUGUUCUUGUCUUCGACCUGAACAAGUCAUUUCGCUUAUUUUUUCUGAUGAAGACAUGGCUGGUCAAGUCGCUGUUUUUCAACGACACUUUCCCUAUUUCAAAUAUCAAUUUACUCAUCUUCGUAGUAUCAAAUUUUUGAAAACAGAAAAUAUUCUAUGUCAUUUACCAGAUUCAGUCACAUGUCUUACGUUUCACGAAUGUUUCUAUGUUGAUUCAAAACUGAUAAUAAAUGUUAUAGUCGGACAAGCGAAAUCUUUAACUCAUUUAGAAAUCGAUAGUUGGGAUAUUUCGCAGUUAACGAAAACAAAGUUUCCUUCUCUUACUCGCUUGGCAAUUGAUAAUGCAUAUAUCAAUGAUACUUCUGAUCUAUUACAGCGAAGCAAAGCGAAAUUCGUCGAUGUUCAUUUAUGGAUUCAAAAUCUUCAUUCACCAAUAACUCAUUUAAAACUUCUUAUUGGAAAUCGAACUUUAACAAAUUAUAAUGCAAUAUUUAAUUUCGACUACUUAUCUCAUAGUCUCACAAAUUUCACAUUGAUUUGUUUAGCAAAUGAAACAAACUUUUCGUCGGAAUUAAUUCAACAUUAUCUUAUUCGAUUAUCAAAUUUAAAAUCUUUAACGACCAUUAUAAGAUUAGGGUUUAUUGAUGGUAAACAAUGGGAAGAAUUUCUUCGAAAAAGUCAAAUUAUUAAAUUUAACUUUCACUUUAUAUUGUCAGAAAAUGUUAUUUUUAAUCACGAUGGUUCAAAGCUACUCGAUUCAUUUCGAUCGCCAUUUUGGCUUGAAGAAAAACGUUGGUAUGUUGCAUAUAGUAAAAGAUGCACGAACACUUAUACACAUAUUAGCAUCACUUCUGUUUCUAAAUUUCUAUCCAAGAUUACUGAUUAUACUCUCGAAGAUUAUCCACCUUUAUCUACAGUACCACCAGAUCUAACACAGCGUAUAUUCUAUUCGAGAUGCAUUGAUAUGUUAAUACUGCAUUUAGAUGAAUCAAAGAUUCAAACAAAUUAUCUUUUUACUCGUGUAAAUUUACUUCAUCUGAAUGGUUCUAAAUUACCAUCGAUACAUGAUCUUGUAUCUAUUGUUGAUCUUAAUCAAAUAAAAGAACUGGAUAUUUCACGUGUUAAGAAUAUAUCAAUUGGUGGUAUUCAUUUAAUAAUUGAGCAUAUGCCUCGUUUAAAUCAUUUGAUAUUUAAACAUUUUAUUCCACUAUUUCAACCACCGGCACGUAUCUAUACGUUAUCUAUUGAAACGUGGCAACUUAAAGAUGAUUUUGAUUUAUUUUACCGUAUGUUUUCGAAUGUUAAAUCUUUAAAAAUAGAUAUAACAUCGCUGGAAAUGAUGAUUGAAUUAGUUAAUCGAUUGAAAUAUCUUGAGGAUAUUGGUUUUUGGUAUCCAUUUGAAAAAUAUGCUCAUUUUAUUUCCAUGAAAUGGCUACGACGAAAUAUGCGACGUCUUCAACAAACCAAUUUCACAUGCCGAACCGAUGAAUAUUAUCCUCUUCUAUCAAUUGGAAAUCAACGAAUAAAACAUCAUCAACAUUCAAUUUUUUGA